GUCGCCGAUGACAUCAGCUGUUGAAUGAGUGUGUGCGCCCUGGUCUCUCCCUGGUAACCGAGCAUGACACAAUGUCUGCCGGUAUAAAACGCUAGGGCUACUCCUAUCACCGCUCCACUCGCAUGUCUGGACUCUUGGAGGGGAGGAGGCAGAGUUCUGCUGCUGUUGGGAACCUAAAACGCGUCUGAGCGAGGAAGAGGAGACAGACAGACUCGGCAUGGCCACGCUAGUGGAAUCUGCAGACAUGGAGACUUUAGGCAUCCACAGCCACACCGGGACGUCUCCCACCUCCUCCAGCCCCCCUCAGCACUUCAACGACAGCAAAUUCUACCUGCUGGUGGUGAUCGGGGAGAUCGUAACAGAGGAUCACCUCAAGUGUGCCAUUGCAGACAUAGAGAAAGGGAUCCGCUCAUGGGACACCAACCUCAUUGACUGCAACCUGGACCAGGAGCUGAAGUUGUUUGUCUCCAGACACUCGGCGCGUUUCUCUGCAGACGUCAAAGGGCAAAGAAUUCUUCACCAUAAGAGUAAUGUCCUGGAGACGGUGGUGCUCAUUAACCCUUCAGAUGAAGCUGUCAGCACUGAGGUUCGUUUGAUGAUCUCUGACACCGCCAGGCACAAGCUUCUGGUGCUGGCGGGACAAUGCUCUGAAAAAUCCGGGGAGCUGAUUCUUCAGUCUGGAUCUUUCUCCUUCUUCAGUUUCAUAGACAUAUUCACUGAUCAAGAGAUUGGUGAGUUGCUCAGCACCAUCCACCCAGCAAACAAAGCCAACCUUACACUCUCCUGUCCUGAACAAGGAGACUGGAAAAACUCCAACUUGGACAAACACAACCUGCAAGACUUCAUCAACAUGAAACUAAACUCCACUCUCAUCCUCCCUGAAAUGGAGGGCCUCUCAGAGUUCACAGAGUAUUUGUCGGAAUCAGUAGAGAUCCCGUCUCCUUUUGACAUGUUAGAACCUCCGACCUCAGGUGGAUUUCUCAAACUCUCCAAACCGUGCUGUUACAUUUUCCCUGGUGGUCGAGGUGACUCUGCUCUCUUUGCCGUUAAUGGAUUCAACAUGCUUAUCAACGGUGGUUCAGACAGGAAGUCAUGCUUCUGGAAACUAGUAAGGCAUCUAGAUCGGGUGGACUCCAUCCUCCUGACCCACAUCGGCGAUGACAAUUUGCCAGGCAUUAACAGCAUGUUGCAGAGAAAGAUUGCGGAACUCGAGGAGGAACAAUCACAGGGUUCCACAGCUAACAGUGACUGGGUGAAGAACAUGAUCUCUCCAGAUAUUGGUGUUGUGUUUGUGAAUUUUCCUGAAAACCUGGAUCAUCCUGGACCUAAUUACAGGGUGCGCAGGAAUGUUGAUGAGGCAGCAUUCACCCAGCAGUUUUUGAACAAGCUCAGCUUGAGGAUUGAGACGUUGCAAAGGCCUGUAGGAAACACCAUAGAACCAAUCACACUUUUUCAGAAAAUGGGUGUUGGGAUGCUUGAAAUGUAUGUUCUCAAUCCUUCUAAGAACAGCAAAGAGAUGCAGCACUUCAUGAAGCAGUGGACAGGCAGUGAAAAAGACACUACUUCAAUUCUGCUUCCAAAUGGAAAAGAAUCUGAGUUUCCGCUUUCUUACUUGACUUCUAUCUCUUCUCUCAUUGUGUGGCACCCUGCAAACCCCUCAGAAAAGGUUGUGCGAGUUCUCUUUUCUGGAAACGCCACCCAAGAUGACAUCUUUGAGGGGAUGGAAAAACUUAAGCAUUUAGAUUUCUUGAAACAGCCAGUUGUCACUCAAAAAGCAUUGUCUUCUAGCUCACCAUCAACCCCAACGCUAAAGCAAACAAAGAUGAAGCACAGAACAGACAGUAAAGAGAGCCUGAAAUCUACCCCAAAGCCAUCCCCAAUCAAAAGCAUCAGGAAGAUUUCAAAGGAGGAAAUGCCAGAGAAGGCAAAGACUGACGUGGAAUCAGCUCAAGAGAAAACAGAAAAGAAAGACAAAAAAGAAAAAGUUCCAUUGAAAAAAGACAAGGCAAAGGCACAGGAGAAAGAGCCUAAAGCAAAAACUGAUCAGUCCAACCAAAACCAAACGCUGGACAAAAAACCUGAAGCUAAACCCAAAGCUGAAAAGACAACUAAAAAAGAAACCAAAGCACCCAUGAAAAAAGAUGACGCCUCCAAACUUGAAGCUAGAAAGGAGGAGAAAGUAAAGAAAGAGGAGGGGAAAAAAGUUCUGAAAAGGGACAUCAGAAGAGAUUCCCCUAUGAAAGACAAAAAGGAAGAAAAGAAAGAACAAAAGAAAGAUGUCAAAAAGUCCUCCAGGGACAUAAAAAAGACCACCACUGCAGGGGAAGAAAGGAAUAUCAAACCAAAGCCACUGAAAAAGGAGGACGCAUCAAAGAAAGAAUCGGGAGCUCUCUCGAAGUUAAAAGACAAAGGAAAGUCAAAGGCAGUGAAGAAAGAGACAAAGAUAGAUAGCAAACUGCCAGUAAGCCCUGCUGCUGCAGCUGUUGCUGCUGUUACAGAGGAUCUAGAAGCAGAAAGAUCUUUGAUGUCCUCACCAGAGGACCUCACUAAAGACUUUGAGCAGCUCAGAGCUGAUGAGCUAGUUGAGGAGGAAGCUAUUGUAGAUCAAAAUGAGGAGAGAGAGGCUUCAGCGAUCCAACAGGAACAAACAGUACAGAACAAAGAGUCUCCCGAAGCACUGGAAUCUAUGGAUGAGGGUAUAACAACAACAGAGGCAGAAGGAGACAGUGGAGGGACUCCAGACGAACAGCUUCUGAAGGAAAAAGUCAAUGUCAGCGUUUGUGAGAAGUUUGAAGAUGAGGGCACCGUAAUGGAGGAGACAUCAGAAGGAGGUGAUUAUGAAGAGAAGGGGGAGAUGGAGGAGGUUUAUGAACCGCAAAAAGAGGAAGCAGAUGAAAGUGAUCUCACGCAUUGCACAGAGGAACACCAUGACGAGCUUACAGAAAUAGAUAUUUGUAAGGACAGUGAUGGCAUGACUAAUGAGAACGUAGAAAACAAGCUUGGAAGUCCUAAAGAAGCAGAGAGGCAGACUCUUCCUGGAUCAGCUUCACCCAAAAUUUCCUCUCCAGUUUCUCCUGCUGCGUCUUUCCGCGAUGAAAUGCCUACAGUUGGUUUUGAGAGCUCCACAGCUUCGGAUGAUGAGAACAGAGGUGAACCCCCUGAUGAGUUCACGGCCACUUCUGGUCACACGCAAUCCACUCUUGAAAUAUCUAGCGUCCCAACACCACUGGAUGAGAUGUUGACUCCUAGGGACAUCAUGAGUGACGAAGCCACCAAUGAUGAGACGGCCUCUCCAUCUGAGGAUGUAGACAGGUUGGGGAAGUCAGCGUCAGGAGAGUUUGAUAAGAAGCUUUCACCAAUUCAGGAUCUACCAGAGUUUAGUCACUCUCAGAGUGAUGCCACGGAAGGCCGAGACUACGACCAUUCUGCUUCUUCAAUAUCGCCCCCUUCAUCCCUAGAAGAGGAUAAAAUCUGUGAGGGGUUUACCUCAACAGAGAAGGCUGAAAAAGUCCACUCUGAUCUAAAGUCACAUGAGAAGAAUGAUGCUGAGCCAGCCAAGCUAAGUGCAGUGUCCACAACAUUUCCUUUUGUUCGUUCUCCCUCAGUGGAAGCCAAGGAUGUUUUUGAAUCUCCAGCCAUGUUUGAUGCUCCAAUAGAACUGUCAUCCACGCUGGCUGAUAUCACUCUAGCAACAACUGAUUCAUCUCAAAGCCCAGAUGACAAACCACUGGAAGAAGCUAAUUCACCCCAGUCAUCGGGGCACACCCCUUAUUACCAGUCACCAGUAGAUGAGAAAGUGGACAUCCUACCGCCUGCAACAGAAGACAAGUCACAGGGUCCAGUCAUUGUGGAGGUCGAAAGUGAUAAAGAGGAUUCCUCUAACAGAGUUACCCCCGAGCCUGUGGAAACAGAAUUAGAGGACUCUUCUCCUGUCGAGAGGGAAGUUCCUUCUCCAAAAAGCACACCACACACUGAGCCAGAGUCCCCUGGGACAAAGGAGUCACCCUUUGAUAUAGAUCCCAAGAAAUCUGUUGAAAAGAAUCAUUUAGUGAUGUCCUCUGUACCAUUGACUAAGCAUGAAUUUGACACCAAUCUUUUUGCCACUUUUAAAGAAGACAAUAAAAUGUCGAUUUCAGAAGGCACCACAUCAGAGAAGUCUGAAACUCCACUGGAAGAAGUGGUAGCAGAAGACACAUUUUCACACCUAGCUUCAGCAUCCACAGCCUCCUUGGCCACCAGCUCAUUGCCUGAACCAACCACUGGUUCUCCUUCCCUUCAUGCUGAGGUGGGCUCUCCUCACUCAACAGAAGUCGAUGACUCUUUAUCUGUUUCUGUGGUUCAGACUCCAACCACCUUACAUGAGGCUGAGGAAUCUCCAACCAAAGAAGAUAGUCCAAGGCCUAUGUCUAUCUCUCCAGAAAACUCACCAAAGACCAUAAGCAAGGCUCAGUUACAGGACACAAAAUCUCCAGAACAUUCUGCAAUGUCUGUAGAGUUUGGCCAAGAGUCCCCAGACCACUCCUUAACUCUGGACUUUAGUAAGCAAUCUCCAGAACAUCAGUCACUGGGCAGCAGCUCACAUGCAACAGAGAAUGGCCCUACUGAGGUUGAUUACACUCUUUCUGAUGGAGCAGACCUGAGAGCAGCAGGAGGGGGAACAUCUGCAGCAGAAAACUCUUGUCAUUUUGAGGAAAAUGAAUCAGUCUGUGCCACUUCUGCAACUCCGUCUGAUGCAUCUCAGUCAACUCCCUCUGUUGCAACCCCCUGCCAAAUGGCAGAGAUGUCACAUGCAGAGGUAGAACUAACAGAUAUGUCACCAGUCUCCCCAAAGGCAUCAUCGGUCACCCAUUCUCCUCGUCUUUCUCCUGUGUUAGGAGGUCCUCCAGCUAAAGACAUCCCCAGCCCCAUCUCACAAUCUGUGGAGAGCACAACUAACUCUGAUUCACAGCAGUUAUAUGACAAGUCACCCUCACCCCCAAAACCUUCUUCCCCAUCUACGUCUUUUAAUCUUUCAAAAGGAAAUACACCUUCCCCAGCAAAGGAAACAAAUCCUUUUAAAUGUGAUGCUUUGAGCCUUGAAAACGAUUCUCCUGUGAGUCCUAAAGUUCCUUCUCCUUUACAGCUACAAUUGUCCUCUGAUCCAUUCGAUUACAGUUCUUGCUGUGGUUUCAAGGAACCAGACACCACAAAGAAAAGUCCUUGUGCUGCAUCUAAGACAGAUGUUGACCUCUGUCUUGUCACUUCUUGUGAGUACCGUCAUCCCAAGACUGAAUUAUCUCCUUCUUUCAUUAAUCCAAGCCCUCUUGAGUAUUUCACAAAUGAAGAAAAUGUUUUAGAUGAGAAGAAGCUUCUGGUCAAGUCAGGGGAAGGUCCUCCACCUCCAGGAGGUAAGCUGCCUGCCAAGCAAUGUGAGGAUACUCCACCCACAUCCAUUAGUGAAUCUGCUCCCUCACAGACAGAUUCAGAUGUACCACCAGGAACAGAAGAGUGCCCCUCCAUCACAGCAGACGCAAACAUUGACUCUGAAGAUGACUCUGAGACCCUACCUACUGACAGAACUCUGACCUACAGGCAGGCCGAUCCUCCUCCAGUGGCACUCAGGGAUUCUGCUCCAUUUUCAGGCAGUCAUGAUGCUUGUAUGGUGGAUCCAGAAGCGCUAAAGGCUGAAGAAAAUGUUCACAAUCCUAAUGCGAAUGGAGGAGACAAGCCCGGUAAGAAAAAGCUGUCGAAAAAGUCCUCAUCACCAGCUAGAAAGAGUGGCCUGUCCAAAGUUAAGGACUCAAAGACUGCUUCUCCCAAGAAAAGUGGUGGAGAAGGGAAAGAUGCCAAAAAUGCAACCAAUACUUCUGCAUCCAAAGGUGUAAAAACCACUGCAUUAGGACCUGGAGGUGGAAAAAUAUCAUCUCAUUCAAACUGUCCUCCUAUGUACAUGGAUUUGGUUUACAUCCCCAAUCACUGCAGUGCCAAAAAUGUGAACGCUGACUUCUUUAAGCAUGUCCGAUCCUCUUACUAUGUGGUCAGCGGCAACGAUCUGACAGCUCAGGAACCCAGCCGGGCUGUCCUUGAUGCUUUGCUCGAAGGAAAGUCCCAGUGGGGAAACAACAUGCAGGUCACUCUGAUUCCAACCCAUGACACGGACGUGAUGAGGGAGUGGUACCAGGAGACUCACGACAAGCAGCAGGAACUGAACAUCAUGGUCCUAGCAAGCAGCAGCACAGUCGUCAUGCAGGACGAGUCCUUCCCAGCUUGUAAGAUUGAGCUGUAGCUCUGUUCUGCAAGAUCUCAUGACGGGUGGUUUUUCUGCAUAAGAGAACCAAACAAUGCAGCCUAAUCAGAUACUAAAGCAUAGAAUGAAAUAAAUGUUUGCAAUGAAAAUGAACCAAUAAAAAACAGAAAGGUUUUGAGAGGAACUCCAUCAUUUUGAUUCUGAAAGGUUUGGAUCAAAGAGGAACGCUAAGUAACUAAACAAACCAGCCUCGCCCAUUAUGCCUGUUCUGGAGGACGUACAAAAGUGUUUCUACUGUAUUAACUCUCUCUGGAAACCAAUGGUCAAUAUUUGUUGAUUGUUUAUUUGAAAUCCUUUGAAAAAGCAAAUCUGAUGUAUUCUGAAGUCAAAGCAUUAACCAAUGACAAGCUACACGGCUUCUGCACCUGCCUUCGGGAGUCAUGCAUGAAUGUAAAAGGAUUGAUGGUGGAUUAGAGGAGUAACUAAAUACCAAAUGAUCCUAUAAUGACUGUUAAGUGGUAAUGAUAAGCAGUAUGAUGCUUGGUAUUUCAUUCAUCAUGGAUGAGUCUGAGAGCUGAUAAGAUAAGUUAAGUCUUUUUUAGUUAUUUUUUUUUUAGUUAUCUGUGUUUCAAUCAUUGAUUUUUAUUUAAUGCUGUUAUAUUUUAGCAAUAAUUUAAAGUUAAUUCUGAUGAUUUGUUUUUGUUGGCCAUCCAGUCUUUUGCCCUGUGCUCCAGGAAGUAACUAUCUCCUUUGCCUUUGUGUAAAAAGCUUUUACAGAUCAUAACAUCUGUAAAAGUUUUUUUUGAAGACUGCCUUAGAAUAUCUGUUUUAUUUACAGAUGUUGAGGUGUGAACUCUGACCCUCUUUCUUACAGCUGUUUUUAUGUAAUCAAGCUAAGGGGAGCUAGUAUAUCCCAUUAUAAAGCUGGUGAAGCAGGAUAUUUUCAUAAACCUUAAAAUGUCUUGUUUUUCUAAAGCGUUGUACUAUAAUUAUAAAUAGCACUGAGGGUUGGGAGGUGUAUCUGAGCUAUGUUGUGUUAGUUUUUUUUUUUUUUUUUUGCUGCAUUUGCUCAGUCUUGCAUUCAGAAAGGAAGGGCAACAGUAAACAAGCAACACACGACUUUUGCAAGCUGGAUGAUGAAGUGUUUAUUCUGCACAAACUGAAAAAAGGCACGAAGGUCACAGAAAAAAAAACUCAACUUUGUUUGCAACACCUUAAAUAUUUACUAAAUAUUUACAACAUACACCAGAAUGACAAUAAAGCAGCUUGUAGAGGAAGCGUCGUCAUGGGGAGGCUGCACACAGAGGUGAGAAUGACUGACUGGUGUGUUUUUAGGUGAAAGUAUGUAAAACUAAAGCUGGACACUUUAUAGAACAAACAUGACUCAUACCACAAUGACAUUACAAAGGCCGCAAAUCAACUCUGACAGGCAACCUUCUGGAGACAUGUUCAACAAACCACAGCAUGACGAUUACAGGCUUUGGUGUUUUCUGUGGAAUUUUACUGGCUUCUUUUUCCUGAAAUGACAUUGAGUGUUCACGACACCACCACAGAGCAGUUUUUCCUGCAGCAGAAUCUCCAAAAAUCACCACGGACUUCCCGUCAAACCGAACAGACAGUUUUUCCUCAAACAGACAUUUCACUUUUCUCUGUCUCCUGUCUCUUCUAUCUUUCCUCUCUUUCUUCUUCUCUAGUAAUCUGCCCCCCUUCAAAUCUCUCUGGGAGGAAAUUUAACAGUGUUUGUCUGCAGCUGUGCGGUAUAUAUGUCUUGUGAUCUUGCAUCUUCUCUUCCCUUACCCCAAACAUAUAUGUAACCUAUAUAGCGAUUAGUUUGGAGUGAAAAUGUUUCCUAGUGCUUUCUGAUGUUUGUGUGCAACACCUCCUCUACUGUACCCAUAUGGCAGAUCUAAUGUAAGAGUAACCACUACUAAAGGACAGCCACAAUAAAAUCUGUUGUGAACAAA